UCAUUUUUAAGUCCAACUAAACUCACUGUGACAUUUAACCUCAAAAUUAAUUCAAUAUUUUUAUUAUAAAUAGCCAAAUAUGUUUCUUAAUCAACAAAAACAAAUUUUAACACCUUUAUUAAGGAUUAUCUCAAGAAAUAUUCAUGUAUCAUCAUGUUUAAACGAAGUACAAUUAUUAACGAGGUUAAGAGUUGUUGAUAACAGUGAAAUAGGUAAAAGGGCUAUGGCUGAGGGAAAACCACCGAAAAUAAUUCAUGUUUAUAAUAAAACCGGAAUUGGAAUGAUUGGCGAUAAGGUGCUGUUGGCUAUCAAAGGUGAGAAGAAAAAAGGAGUAUUGGUGGGUUUGAAGCAAAAUCAAAAAACAAGAGUUCCUAAAUUUGAUAGUAAUAAUGUAGUUCUUAUUGAUGAUAAUGGGACGCCACUGGGAACAAGGAUUCAUGUACCCAUUCCAACUGUUCUUAGAACUAUUUUGAAAGAAAAAACUCAAGUGAAAGGAGCUGAUUAUACAAAAAUAUUAUCAAUUGCUUCUAGUUAUGUUUAGAAAAUUGUGUAAAUUAUCAUUAUAGGAUAUUAAAACAUUAAAAUUGUUAACAUGAACAUCUAUUUUUUGUGAAUUUUUUUAAAUAAAAAUAUGUAAUUUACA